AUGACCUUUUUCGCUCCCGCUCGUCGUAUCGUACUCAGUGCGGCACUGGUCAGUGCGCAUGUACUGAUUCUCGCUGUCGAUUGGAUAGACUUUUUCGUCAACGGUACCGCGGACUAUCCAAGUGCCUGUGCGCGACUCAAGUAUAAUCCUGUCACCGUGUCCAGAGAAGCUGUGCUGAAUAUUGCCCACACAUACUUCCCGGAAUACAGUGCAUUCCUUCAGUCAGUAUACGGAUAUCAUUCGUCCCUGUUCCUAGAAGAAUACAUUUUAUCUUCUGAAUCGGGUGUGCAGCAGGGAGAUCCUUUGGGGCCUUUAUUAUUCUGCCUUGUCCUCCACAUGUUAGUCAUUACUUUAACCACUGAGCUGAAUGCCUGGUUUCUGGAUGACGGGACUUUAGGCGGUUCGCCUGCUAGCGUGUUGGACAAUUUUGAGCGGAUUGUAGCACAAGCAAAUUCCAUUGGGCUAGAAAUUAACAUCGCUAAGUGUGAACUUUUCGUAUGUGGAGGAUCGGAAAGCGCUCAACAAGAAGUGAUUGCAGACUUCAUUGUUAGACACCCUCAACUUCGCGUCUUAUCAGACUCCACUUUCACACUGCUCGGAGCUCCCGUACUUGAUGACGCUAUCGGUCCAGCACUCACUGAAAAAGCUGCAACGCUAACCACAGUGUGCGAACGACUGCAACUCCUGCCACGUCAUCAUGCCUUGUACCUCCUGAAACACUGUCUUGGCGCGCCAAAAGUAAUCUACAUGCUGAGAUGUUGCAACGCAUGGAGGUAUCCCCAGAAACUUUAUGAAAUUGAUGAAAAGUUGCGGUUUUGUUUCCAGUCUUUGUGUAACGUCAAAACUACCCACGACGAUUACCCUUGUUGGCGACAGGCUACUCUUCCCGUUUGUCGAGGCGGUAUUGGCAUACGUCGGUCGGAGGAAUUAGCACUCCCAGCCUUUCUGGCUUCGAUUCACUCCGUUACCGAUUUGAUGUCUUUAAUGCUUCCUGGCCAUGCGGCUGUUGAUCUUACAGAUGCCCAGGACCUGUGGAAGAAGAACGCUUGUCUACCUGAUCUGCCCGAAGCCAACUUCCGCAAGCAGCAGAAAGUAUGGGAUUUGCCACUGUGUAACGUAUCCUUGUCUACGCUGCUGGAAGUUUACCGCAACGAUGAAGUUAAUAGAGCCCGCCUUCUUGCCCAGUCAAAACCAGAAGCCGGCAUCUGGUUGAACGCAUUGCCCUCGGCUCAUAUCGGCAAUCUCUUGGACGACGACACUCUCAAAAUCUCAGUGGGCCUGCGUUUGGGAGUCGCGAUAUGCGAACCACACGAUUGUUUAAAAUGCCAUAAGCAUGUCGAUAAAUACGGCCACCACGGCCUGUCCUGUGCAUUCUCUGCUGGUAGACACCCACGACAUGGCGCUCUGAACAGUAUCGUAUGCCGUUCUUUCGUUUCAGCUGGGAUCCCAGCUAAGUUGGAGCCUCGCGGCACGUCACAUACUUCGGAUCGACGCCCCCGAUGGCUGCACAACCUUUGCUUGGCAGAGAGGGAUGUGUCUUGCAUGGGAUGUCACUUGUGUGGACACCGUCGCGCCUUCCCACGUUAAAGCUACAGCGGCUAACGCAGGCGCAGCUGCGUUGGAAGCGGAGGAAAAGAAGACGGGGCUGUAUGCAUACUUGGCCGGCAGGUAUAUUUUUGCUCCGAUAGCGUUUGAAACAAUGGGCCCUUGGGGACCGGCUGCUAUCGCCAUUAUCAAAGAACUGGGCAGACGAUUGGAGCAGCAUACAGGAGAAAAACGUUCCCAUGAAUAUUUACGUCAAAGAUUGUCGCUGGAGAUUCAACGAGGAAAUGCGGCCUCAGUUUUGGGCACAAUGGAAGGAGCGGAAAAGUUUAAUGAAGUUUUUAUGUUGUAAAAACUGAUGUUUUUUAAUUAUUGAUUAAGAUGUUG